GAGUGAGCAGCUCUGGGCAAACUUCUUAAAGUGAGAGAGAGAGAGAGAGAGAGAGAGAGAGAGAGUGAGAGAGAGAGAGAGAGAUAAAGAGAGAGAAAAAAAAGGUAGUUUACAAUUUGCCUUUUGGAAAAUACACGUGAUUCUCUCUCUCUCUUUAAUUUGCACACUAUCUCCUCCUCCUCCUCCUCCUCCUCCUCCUCCUCCUCCUUCUCCUUUUCCUCCCCCUCCUCCUCUCAUAAUUUGAAGAGAUAUGGAAGGAAGAAAGAUAGAGAGAGAGAGAGAGUGAUAAAUGGUGCACAGUGAGAAAUUGGAUGAUACAGAAGUGAGUGAAUGACUGACUUUAAAGUGAGAUAGAGAAAGUGAGACAGAAAAAAAUGAGAGAAGUGAGAUAGAAAGUUAUUAACGUUGUGUUUAAGAAGGUGAAAUCUUCCCCAGUAUCUUUAAUUUCUCUCUCUCUAAUCUCUCUCUUCUAUCUCUAAGUCUCUCUCUCUCACAAAGAAAAUGAAGGCAAGAGAGAGAGAGAGAGAGAGAAAGAGAAGAGAGAGAGAGAGAUAAAGAGAGGAAUUAAAUUAUGAUACAUUUGAAAACUACUACUACUACUACUACUACUACUACUACUACUACUACUACUACUACUACUACUACUACUACUACUACUACUGUAAAAAAAGGGCACGACGCAAGAAGUGAAAGAGGAGGAGAGACAGUUUGUUUACCUGUGUGUUCCUUCAUCUCCCUGCCUCACCUGUCAUUACUGAGGGGGUAUUUACUUGACACGGCACAGAUUGAACCUCUCUGAAGAAGAAGAAGAAGAAAAAGAAAAAGAAAAAGAAAAAGAAAAGAAGAAGAAGAAGAAGAAGAAGAAGAAGAAGAAGAUAUACAUCACUACUACUACUACUACUACUACUACUACUACUACUACUACUACUAUCACCACCACCACCACCAUAAUUAAGAAAGAAGAAGAGGAAAAUGGAAAAAUAUUUAUUCUCUUCUCUUUAUCUACAUUUUUAUCAUUUUUCUUCUUGUCUCCAUUCUCUCUUCCUCCAUCCCAGCCUCCCUCUUGGAUAACGAAACGAUAAACAGGGAUAACAGGAUAAAGAGAGGAAGAAGAGCAGAAGAAGAAGAAGAGGAAGAUUUGAUAAAAGAUAAUAUUAUUGUGCAUUUUUGUGUUUUUCUCUCAUUUCCUUCUUUAUUUAUUUUUUUAUUUAUCUUUCUCAAAACUCUUUCUCUCCCUCUUUCUCUUUUCUGUUUGUCUAUAUUUUCUAUCUUUCUUUCUCUCUUUCUAUCUUUAUCCAUUCUUUCUUUUCACUUUCUCUCUCUCUCUCUCUCUCUCUCUCUCUCUCUCUCUCUCUCUCUCUCUCUCUCUCUUGCUCUAUAUAUAUUUUUUCUUCUUUCUCACACCUCUUUCAUUCUGUCUCCCUCUCUCUCCCUUUCUCUUUUCUCUUCCAUAUUUAUUACUCCUCCUCCUCCUCCUCCUCCUCCUCUUCCUCAUUCGUUCUCUUCUCUUUUUCUUUUUGUUUCUCUUUUUAUUCAUUCCCCUUUGUUCCCCUCCAUCUUAAAUCAGUUAUUCUCUCUCUCUCUCUCUCUCUCUCUCUCUCUCUCUCUCUCUCUCUCUCUCUCUCUCUCUCUCUCUCUCUCUCUCUCUCUCUCUCUCAUAUCUACCUAUCUAUCAGUCUGUCUGUCUAUCUAUCUAUCUAUCUAUCUAUCAGUCUAUCUCAAGUACAGAUUCAAGACAGUGCUAAGACAAGAAUACACUAUAAAGUCUAAACACUGAGGUGAACUAAAAUAUAAGACAACAUUACGAACAGAAACGGAAUUAUAAAGUGUUGUAAUUGAAAGAGAAUAAAAGAAAAAGGUGCAUCUGAAAUAUAAACCUUUGCUAUAAAUUUGAGUGGUGUGUGGCAGUGUGAUAAAUGAAGGGAAAAGGAAAGGGUUAGACGAGGAGAGAGCGUGUGAAAAUGAUAGACUGAUAGUGAAAAGGUAAAUAAGGAUGCUAAAAAAGUUGUCCAAACGGAGGAAAAUACAUUGAAACGGAGGAAAAACAGUGAAACGGAAGUACACAAGGAAAACAAGUAGAUGAAAUAACAGAUAAGGUUGACAAGUGAGUGUGUGAGUGCAUGAGUGCGUACAUUACUUGACAAACCAAACUUAACCCAAACAAACUAAAACCCAAAAAAUGGCAACAGAGAGAGGUAGAGGGCCAUCACGCCACCCACACCCUCACGGCCACCCCCAGCCACACCCACACGAAUACCCACACCACCCGAGGGACGCCCCACAGCCACACGGGCACCCACACGUGUACCGCAAACCCUUGGGAGAGAAAAUCAAGGACUGCUGUAGAUCCACAAUAGCCUUUGUGUUCAGUAACGUGGGUGUGUGUGGACUGAUGGUCGGGUAUACAAUAAUGGGCGCCUUUCUCUUCUCCCAUAUAGAAAAGGAGGAAGAGGAGGAUGGGACGGAGGUGGUAAUAGAUGCGGAUGAUUUAAGGAAUAAGACGAUAGAGCGCCUGUGGAAUGUGACAGUGGCUCUCAAUGUUCUGGAUGAAGGAAACUGGCGGAGCAACGUAACGGGGAUUGUGAAAUAUUACCAGAAGGAAGUGGUGGACCUCGUGGGCAAUGGCUGGACCGGGGAGACUACGACUAUUAAGAGCAAGUGGAGUAUCGAAGGGGGGUUUCUAUACUCCCUCACUGUUAUCACUACUAUUGGCUACGGGCACAUCUCGCCGAACACACAGCUGGGGAAGGUGAUGACAAUCGUGUACACCAUGUUUGGGAUGCCGGUGUUCCUCCUAUACAUGGCUAAUAUGGGAGACAUUUUAGCAAAGAGCCUUAAAUGGACUUAUGCUAAAAUCUGCAUCUGCCGCCGCCCUGCCCCUCGCUAUGACCCCAGUGUUGCGUGGCGCUCCGCUGACGUGGCCCUGAGAGCUCCUGUGGGUGGCGAGGAGGUGGCAUCAAUAGAAAGCUGGAAUGCUGAAGGGGAACCGGAGCGCACUGAUGUAGCCAAUGUGAAUAUACCUAUUACAGUGUCUUUAGUUAUCAUGGUAGCCUUACUGUACGGGGGAACGCUGCUGUUUGAGAAAUACGAGGACUGGGACCCACUCACAGCUUUCUAUUUCUGCUUCAUCUCUCUCACUACCAUUGGCUUCGGUGAUUAUGUGCCUGGCUUGUCCACCACGGCUCCUGAUGCUGAGGGGGACGAGGCAGUCAAAGAUACCAGUUUUAUCUACUGUUCCUUGUAUCUUAUGUUCGGUCUGGCGUUGCUUUCCAUGUGUUUUAAUUUGAUGCAGGAGGAAGUCGUGCACAAAAUCACUGCCUGUUUAAAUGCUGUUAGGUUCUUCAAAAGGCGUGAUGGGGAUUAGUAAAUUGUGGUGGUGGUGGUGGUGGUGGUGGUGGUGGUGGUGGUGGUCGAGGUAGUAGUAGUAGUAGUGUAAGAUUGCUGUUUAUCUAAAUGCUGUCAGGUUUUUGAAAAGGUUACUACCACUACUACUACUGCUACUACUACUACUACUACUACUACUACUACUACUACUACUAUCACCAACUCAAUUUCAAGCAUUUUUUUUUUGUUUCUUUUGUUUUUUCAUUGUUUUCUUUUCUUUUAUUCCAUGUUUGUUUGCCACACACACACACACACACACACACACACACACACACACACACACACACACA